AUGACCCACCCUUCCUCGUCCUCCUCCUCCGCCCCGGCGGCCGCGCCGGAUGACCCGACCUCCCUUGCCCCGGGCUUCCGCUUCCACCCAACAGACGAGGAGCUCGUCUCCUACUACCUCAAGCGCAAGGUGCUCGGUCGCCCGCUCAAGGUCGACGCCAUCGCUGAGGUAGACCUCUACAAGGUCGAGCCAUGGGACCUCCCGGCAAGGUCGCGCCUCCGCAGCCGCGACUCCCAGUGGUACUUCUUCAGCCGCCUCGACCGCAAGCACGCCAACCGCGCGCGCACCAACCGCGCCACUGCAGGAGGCUACUGGAAGACCACCGGCAAGGACAGGGAGGUCCGCCAUGGAGCUAGGGUUGUCGGGAUGAAGAAGACGCUCGUCUUCCACGCUGGCCGCGCGCCUAAGGGCGAGCGCACCAACUGGGUCAUGCACGAGUAUCGCCUUGAGGGCGAUGGCGCAGCCGGGAUCCCACAGGAUUCAUUUGUAGUGUGCCGAAUCUUCCAGAAGGCUGGGCCUGGUCCUCAAAACGGGGCACAGUAUGGAGCUCCCUUCGUCGAGGAGGAGUGGGAGGCGGAUGAGGAUGAUGAUUUUGGUCCUCUGCCAGUGCAGAGGGACGUUUUUGGUGAGCAUGAGGCUCCUGGUGCUAUGGAGAAAGGAUAUCUUCAGAUGAAUGAUCUCAUUCAGAUGUCCACUUGCAAACCACAACCCUUCCUCCUCUACGUUGAUGUCCGUGAGCGACAACUCGAUCUUCUGGACAACUCCCUGUUGAGGAACGAUUUCCCCGUAGUUCGAGUCUGCGAGGAACUGAGGUUAACUAGCAAGUAUGAGAUAAUGACACACAAGAGUCAUGAUGUCAUAGUAUUCACUAUUCAGGACUUGGCUGGUCAAAAUGAGAAUGGCAGUGUUGUUUUGCCGGUUUCUGACACUUCAAACACCAGCAGCCAUUCUGAAGACGUAGAAGGAAAUUCAGGGGACAUUUUGAAUGACCCAAGUCUUUGUUCUAAUUUUCUUCAGUAUAUUCAUCCUGGAGAACAAAAUAGCCCAAUGCUUGUUGAAAAUAUGUUAUCUAAUGCCAAUGUUGGAGAUUUUCUUAAUAGUUCUAGCCCCAAUGAUGAAUUCCUAGAGCUGAAGGAUUUGGAGUUACCUCUAGGCAAUGAUUCCACUAUCUGGCCUUCUGAUGGUUGGGCCUGGAAAACAGCUUUCCCCUUGGAUGCUGUAAACAGGUCCAACAAUGAGGUUCCUCUGAUCACUGGUGAUCAGCCUUUCCAGCCAGAUGAGUUGGCCCAGUUGUUGCAGACACUACAAGAUGACUCCUCCCAGUUGGGCUCAACUAUGACCGAUCUCCCACACUCUUCUAUUACAAAUUCAGUCAAGCCAGAAGAUGAUUCUCUUGUGUAUUUUGAUGCACCCUUUGAUAACUCAAUGUUCAGUGAUGGAUUUAGACAGACGAAUGAAUUCCUUGGCUCCCCAGCAACCAUUCUAUCUGGUAUCGAGACACUGGAUGAUGGUAUUCCAUACUAUGAUGCAAUGGACGAUAACUUAUUUAAUGAUAUGAUGUGCUCUGUACAGCAGUCGGCUGGGAGCAGCUCCCAUGUCUUUAAUGGGCCAGUUCUUACUCAAGAGGUCAACAAUCCCAGCUAUACAUAUAGUCCAACUCAAAAGGUUGUAGAACCUAAUUUUGUAGUUGGGGCCCCGUCGUCCGCUAGGUUAUCUGAAGCUGGUGGCCAGUUAAAUUGUGUUGUUUUACCAGAUUCUCAGGCUAAGAAUGGCUCCAUGGGAAAGCGUUUUGUAAAGAUGCUGGAUUCAAUCUCGGCUCCCCCUGCUUUUGCAGCAGAGUUCCCAGGCAAAUCCUUGUCUGGUGUGCACCCUAACACCAUCAGCGUGUCUACCGAAGUAAUCAGCAUAGGAAGCUUAACUGUUGCUUCUCGACAAGGCAAGUGGUCGUUCCAGAAGGAUGAAGACAUGGAGCUUGUCUUCUCCACAGGUUUCCAGCCUGAUAACCGCAUACACUGUGGUGGCUGCAACACAGUGACUGCGGUGCUGCGCGGCGGCUUCUGUCUCUUUUUCCUGUCAGCAAUAAUGCUCCUGGUGAGCUACGAGGUGGGCCUGUGCAUCUACGGCAAGUAA